AUGUGGCGAUUUUUCUUCCUGAUGCAUGGAUAUAGAGGUUGCCUUGAGAAAGAAAGGAAGGCUUUAUUAGAUCUCAAGGCCUUCUUGAUCUCUGUAGAUCCCUUUGUCAUACUAGAUUGGCCUAACAAUAGAAGCAUCAGUUGCUGUCGCUGGGAAAGAAUCAAGUGUGAUGCUAAAAGCCGACGAGUCACUGGUCUCUCCCUAAAAUUGCAGAGCCUCAACUUAUCCGGGGCUUUGUUUGGUGGUUGGUCUGAUAAUAUUGAAGGUUACAAGAGCUUCAGAAAAUUGCCAAAACUUGAGAUUCUUGACCUCUCUAGAAGUGGUUUCAAUAUCAACAUGUUACCAUUUUUGCCAUCUGUGACAUCACUGAAGACUUUGAUUCUUCGUUUCAACUAUUGGCAAGGUGGCUUUCUGAUGAAAGAACUCAGUAAUUUGACAAACUUGGAAGUACUAGACCUGAGUGACAACUUUUUCAACGACACUCUACCAAGCCUAGGUUUGGCUGAUCUGCAUAAGCUCAAAGCUGUAGAUCUAAGCAACAAUCAAUUCUCUGGCUCACUUCAAGGAAUUUGCAAAUUGAGGACUCUGCAGGAGCUUGAUAUCCGUAGAAAUGUAUUUGAGGGUCAACUUCCUUCAUGUCUUGCUAGUUUUACAAAACUCAGAGUUCUUGAUCUCUCUUCAAACAACUUCAAUGGAAGUCCACCAAAUGUUAUCAGUAACUUGAAGUCCUUGGAAUACUUAUCUCUGAGUAAUAAUAACUAUGAAGGGAUUUUCUCAUACAGCUCCAUUAAAGACCUUUCUAAGCUCAAGGUGCUCAAGCUUUCAUCAAUGUCUGAUAAACUACACAUAGACAUGGAGAGCUCUUUGCAACCACAGUUCCAACUACUAGUCCUUGAACUGCGAGGUUCCAACAUUGAAAAGCUUCCUUCCUUUCUCUGGUACCAGACGGAACUCCGUCUUAUCGACAUCUCUAACAAUAAGCUAUCUGGACCGUUUCCUACUUGGAUAUUAGAGAAUAACACUCAACUUGAAGUAUUGUAUCUACAAUACAAUGCACUUCACACUCUUCAAGUACCUAGACUUGUGCAUACUCUACGGCUCUUGGAUCUUUCAGCUAAUAACUUCAGUGACAAACUUUCUGAUGAUUUCGGAAGUAUUCUUUCAAGUCUAAGACAAAUAAACCUCUCUGGCAACAAGUUCAAGGGAAGCUUGCCUGCUUCCGUGGGUGAGAUCAAAAACAUUCACGCUCUAGACUUGUCUCACAAUGAUUUCUCAGGAAAGUUACCAAGAAGCCUCUUCAUGGGAUGUCACUUCUUGAGACGGCUAACACUCUCACACAACAAGUUUGAUGGUCAGGUUUUUCCAGAGUCAACAAACUUGACUAGCCUUAUGAUGUUGCUUGUGGAUAACAACAUGUUCACAGGGAAUUUUGGAAAUGGUAUCCUGAACUCGUCCAGGCUGAACCUGCUUGACAUGUCCAACAAUUUUCUUACAGGGACUAUUCCAAGUUGGAUGGGAAGGUUUGACUGGAAUGUUCUUUCAAUGUCAAAAAACUUGUUAGAGGGUACAAUACCUUCAAACUUGUUCCACAGUCCAACCCUCGAACUUGUGGAUCUCUCUCGUAAUAACUUAUCAGGGACAAUAACAUCACGCUUCUCUAAUAUUAGUUUACCUUGGGGGAUGCUUUACCUGAACGACAAUUUUCUUACGGGCACUCUUUCAGAAACAUUGUUAGAAAACCUGAUGGUUCUUGAUGUUAGAAACAACAAGCUUUCUGGAAGUAUCCCAGUGUUUAUCAAUGCCAAUAGCGUCCGUGUUCUUCUGUUGAGAGGGAAUGAUCUAACGGGUUCAAUACCGUUGCAGCUGUGUAGUCUAAACAGAACAAGGGUUUUGGAUCUUUCUCACAACAGGCUGAAUGAGUCUAUACCACCAUGUCUAAGUAACUUAUCUUUUGGGGUAAAAGACAGUGUAGGAUCUAGUUUCUUAGGUGGCAUUACUCCUUACAUGGACCAUGACAUGGGGACUUACUAUGAUUCAAUCCUUAAUCUAGAUCAGAUAGCUCCAGAGUACACAUAUGGUCUGAACUAUAGCGUCAUGUUUGCAGCGAAACAGAGGUAUGAUUCGUACUUUGGUAGCGGUCUCCGUUACAUCUUUGGGCUAGACUUGUCAAACAAUGAACUAAGCGGUCCAAUCCCUGAAGAGCUUGGCCAUCUAGAGAGAGCACGUUCUCUAAACCUGUCUCACAAUUCCUUAGUGGGUUCCAUUCCUGAAAGUUUCUCCAACUUGAAAGACAUUGAAAGCCUUGAUCUUUCUUUCAACAACCUGCAUGGUCCUGUCCCAAUCCCAUUGACAGAGCUCAACUCUCUAGCUGUUUUCAACGUGUCAUAUAACAAUUUAUCCGGCCUGGUUCCUAGAGGAAAGCAGUUCAACACAUUUGGUGAAGACAGCUAUUUCAGCAACCCUUUUCUCUGUGGACUACCAACCGACAGAAGCUGUGACAAAAACAGUACAAAAGAACUAGAUCAAGAAAGCCUAGACGUAGACAGUGAAACCAAGUUUGACGUUGUUUCCUUUUGUUGGAGCCUUGGAGUCACAUAUGCCAUGGUUCUAUUAGGAUUCUUUUUCUUUGUCUGCUUUGAUUCUCCUUGGCGCCAAAGAUGGUUCCUCUUUGUUGAUGCUUUUGUCCGUUUGUUUCACAUCACAUGA